AUGCAAUUUUUGCACGAUGUGCUAUCUUCGAAGAAAGUUUUGUUUGGGAGUUUCUCAGACAAACUGACUAAGGAGGACAAAGUGAAAGCAUGGAAGACCAUCCAUGAGAAAGCCUUAGCGCUAGGACUUGUGUCAGCUAACAAGGAUUUGAGCUACACCAAAGAUAGAAAAAUUGACAACCGUAAAAAAACUGGCAGCGAAGGUGGGCCAGACUGCAAGUUGAAUGAAACGGAUAAUUUAAUCAUUGAUUUCCUUGGACGUGAUACCGUACUUGUUAAAGGGCUUUCUUCAAAAGAAACAUGGGAAAAAACGACCCCCUCAGUUGACGAAAUGGGUCAUGAAAAUAAAGAAAAUGAAAUGCCUUCAACACCUGCCUUAGUUAACACUGUUAAGGCAAAGAAGUCGUGUACAAGCGUACCAGCGCAUAACGAAUCUGAACUGCGAGUAAAGAAACUCUCGUUGGAGAUUAUGGAAAAAGAAUACUACUUAAAAAGCCUGGAAAUAUUCAAACAAGAAAAGGAGUUAGGGUUGCCUCCCUCACAUUUCACCGCCAUAUUCCAUGCUGCGCAACAAGAAAUACUCGUGCAAGCAGAUACUGAAGUUGAAGGUUUUGAUAUUGGCAUUUGAAUUAUUCUAAUUAAAAACAUAAUAAUUUAUACCUACUUAUAAUUACAUAUUAUUAACUAGCAAAAUAUUAAUUAAAAAAGGGGUUAAAAAGUGGUUUAUCUGAAAAAAUCUAGUAAUGCUUGCAGUCUUCUUGCGCCUGCAGGUUGUGCAUCUUCGGCAUUUACUUCCCCAUUUUCUUCGUUGGCGUCUGCUGCUGGAGGUUAAAGGACACGCCGAACAUCAUUUUCAGUCCUUGCAAUGUUGCAGAGAGUAAAGCAACACUUGAUUACUUCACAGGCAAAAAAAAAGUUUACCCGUAGGUAAUUAAGACACGGGAAUUUUUCCUUUAAAAUGCCAAACGAGUUCUCCACAACACGCCUAGUAGACUUGUGAGCACGAUUGAAUCGAAUGACUGCAGGGUCACCAAGAUUACGGUUCGUUGGAGGGAUCAGCCAUUCUUUUAAUGGAUAUGCAGAAUCGCCUAGUAUAAAGCCAUCAGGAAUAGGUCUCCAACCAUCUUGAAAACGACGAUGCAGUGUACUGUUUCUGUAAACUCGGGCAUCGUUAACACAGCCUGGCCACUGUGCACUCACGUAAUAGAAUUUGCAGUCAGGUCCACAAACAGCCAUAACAUUUAAAGAGUGAUCUCCAUGUCUAUUUACAUACUGCUUUUCGUUUUGUAAUGGACUAUCUAUAUUAAUAAGUGUUCCAUCCACACAUCCUAUGACUAAAGGCAUUCUUGCUAAUCGGGAAAACCGAAUAACCACAUUCUGAAUGUCAUUUGGCCAGUUAACAAUUUGUGCAAAUUUGAUAUCAUUUACAGCCCUCACAACAGCGUGAACUGAUCUACAGACACUUGCUUUUGAUAUGCCAUGCAUAUUAGCAACUCCAUGGUAUUGACCUCCAUUGCCUAGCCAAUGGAGAGCUGCACACAAUUGAACUCUUUCUGACAGGGCCUCACUUCUUCUUGUGGCAUGUUGAAGUAUGUGCCCUAUGUCUGCAAGAAGAGAUUCCAUGCU